CAGUGAUCUAAAAACCCCAUGUGGUCUUCACUGUACACGGCUACUACUGUAUAUUGACAGUACUGCUGCCCUCUAUUGGCCAAAAAAAUACGCUGCAUUACCAUAAAGGCAGAAUUCUGUAAGCACCUACGUUUGGGUAUGAGUGUGAAGCUGGGUUCUUUUUCACCAGUUUCUUUGUCCCACCUGAAAAGGUGCAGCAGUCAUGUUCUAUAUAUCAGGUGAAUUCAGAUGUAGUUCGUAUUCUACAGAAGCUUGGUUGACACUUUUGUCCAAACAAAGAACAUUUUCAAUGAUACGUUUGGAAAUAUAGGACACUGCUCAUCUUCAAUGAAGGGUUGGUUUGAGCGUUUCGGAAACUGCUGAUCGAAUGGGAUUUUCCCACACAGAGUUUAGAGUUAAACACAGGAUGGUGCGGAAAACCAAAAACGUCCCGUGAGCUGAAGAUCUGCAGGCUGAAACACCUUGUUCAUGAGAGCGAUCAGAGGAGAAUGACCAGACCGGUCUGAGCUCACAGGAAGUCUAUAGUAACUCAAAUAGUCACUCUUUCCAGCCGUGGUGAGCAGAAAAGCAUCUCCGAUGAUGCGCACAACGCAGCACACAAACGUUGAGGUGGAUGGGCUGCAACACCAGAAGCCAGGAACAGGAAUCCGUGGCCAUCAUGAGAACAGACUCGCGGACACUGGAGAGAAGUUGAAGACUGGGAAAAAGACUGGAUGAGUUCAUGCUCAUGAUCGCCUCAGAUUCUUGUUCUUGGCUGACACGUGUGGAACCUUCUGCGGUCGCAACCCAUCCACCUCAAGGUUUGUUUGAUGCUUUUCUGAGUGAUUAUAUGAGUCACUAUUGACUUCCUGCUGUAGGGGUAUUUUUAUUUUCUUCAUGGCCAGACAGGAAACAGCCUGAGUGUGAACGGCACGACAUCAUCCAAACCCUAUGUAGUUUAUAAGUGUAGUGAGGGUGGGUGUGUUUAGAGCUAGGCCAGGUAUUUUGUUCAGGUGACGCGCUGGGAGCCACGCCCUCCGGUAACCACGCCCUCUGGAAACCACAGGACACGCCCUAAACAGAAAGACAAAACACCUGACGCACAAAAGAGCUGCGUGUCCGGUUUUGUGCUCCGAAUCACGUCGACGAUAUGGCGGCCGACGAGUCUAUGUUCGUGAGGACGGUCCUGUCGCUGAACGACACGUUUAAAGCCGAGGACUCCAGUCUGGCUUUGCCGUCUGAGGAGCGGUUAGCUCGCGCUGCUGACGCGGACGCGGACGCAGCGCAGCGGAGGAGUCGCCGCGUAGAGCAACAAGUGCAGCAGCUCACUCUGGCUCGGAAAGCGAAACGGUCCAUGAUGAAAGGUAGCGUCUCUAUCAGCCAUUUAAACAGUACCACACCUUUCCGGAGUGGCCCUAUGAAGGUAUUCCCGCCGUUUGACCAUAAUGACGCUUCGGGACCAAGUCGACCUGUGGUUAGGAUGAAUAAUCUUCCGUGGGCGAGUCUGCAGUUGCCUCAGGUUAGCCGAGGAGAGCACGGGAUGUUUAGGUACGGCUCGUCAGGACACAACCUGAACUGGGGAUCUGCAGGUUUCACUCUCCCCGCGAUGCGAUACGUGUCUUCAGCCGACCAUCUCAACGGGAGCCUCCCCUUGAAGAAGUCGGCCUGUUCCGAGACGCCCCGAAACGCUCGGCCGUUCGUUUACGGUUGCGCUGCCUCUACGCUUCAGUUUCCGAACAAGCCUGUCUACGAGGACGAUCGGGACGACGUCUUCCUACCCGAGAGUUCGCACGUCACUGCGCUAAGAGCAGAGCAUCAGAAGGCGUUUUGGGAGACUCUUCAGCAAGGAGACGCGGCGUGGGCAGCAGCGACCGUGCCCCUGGUGGGUCCGAGGCAGGACCCGGCGAGAAGACAACCUUCAGUGGUCAGCACGCACACCCCGAAGAUGGCGGUAGCCAAACCGCAAGAAGCAACAGCUGACACUCUAAAAAACGGGAGGCAAGGCGCACCGACGACAAUGAGGAUGGCUGUAAAUCUCCUGACUGACAAGAACCAGGAGAUGCAGAUCUCCGGUGCAAACUUCAUACAGAACCGGUGCUUCAGCAGCGCAGACGCUAAGAUAAGGCUCUGUAUGCUGCAUGGGAUCCCGAAGCUUUUGAAGCUGCUGGACUCGGACAGCGGUGAGGUGCAGCAAGCCGCAGCCGCGGCCUUGAGAAACGUCAUCUACGAGAACAACGAUAACAAGAUGGAGGUGAAGGAGCACGACGGGGUCGACACGAUCCUGCGCCUGCUCAAGACGAACCGUGACGUCGAAGCCCGGCGACAGCUCACGGGGUUGCUGUGGAACUUGUCCUCUCACGACAUGCUGAAGGAGCAGCUCGGCCGAGAAGCUGUGAAACCCGUCACCGAGACCGUCCUUGUGCCGUGCUCGGGGAUCACUGAGGGCGAAGAUCCCAAACUGGAGCUGCUUGCAGAUCCUGAGGUCUUCCUUAAUGCUACAGGAUGCCUGAGAAACGUGAGUUCAGCCGGACCGAACGCACGCAAGUCCUUGAGAGAUUGCGAUGGCCUCAUCGACUGCCUCGUCUAUUACGUCCGUGGAACCAUCGCGGAUUAUAAACCCGACGAUCAGGCCUUAGAAAAUUGCGUGUGCAUCUUGCAUAACCUCACCUAUCAGUUUGAGUGCGAGGUGCCUGAAACGUUCAAGCCAGUGCUGCACGAGUCCAGACAGAGCGCUGCUGCCGAGACCAAGAGACCCGGCUGCCUGGUUCUGAGAAACGCCAAACUCUCUGACGCAGACGACUACUCCGAAUCCGACCGCCCUCUGCUGGAGGAGAAGUGUAACCCGUACGGCGUGGAGUGGCUGUGGAGCAGCAUCACCGUCCGCAUGUACCUGUCGCUUCUUGCGAUCGGCAAUCGGCAGCUCACACAGGAGGCGUCCAUUGGAGCCUUGCAGAACCUGACGGCAGGAAACAGAGGGGUGUCCCAGGCCAUGGCGCACACCAUCGUGCAGAGAGAAGGAGGCCUGCAGCAGGUGAAGAAGGUGCUCCAGGAGGGAGCGGAAGAUGUGAAGAGAGCCUCGGUGUGUCUGCUCAAAAACCUGUCGCGCUACAAGGAGCUCCAUUCUGACAUCAUUAAAGAGGUGCUGCCGGAGCUUGUUACCAUGCUUCACGCUUCAGACACGGCGCAGCCUGUUGAGGUCACAACCGUCUGUCAGAUUCUCAACAACCUGAGCCAGGUGUCCGUACAGAACGCCCGCACCGUUCUGAACAACGGCGUCCUUCCCAGGAUCAUCCAGAUCAGCAGCAAAGAGAGACAUGGAUCCACGAAGGUUGGCCAGGCCGCUAGUCUUCUGCUGCACACUCUGUGGACACACUCCGAGCUUCAUGGUAGCUACAAGAAGGCUGGUUACAGGAAGACGGAUUUCAUCAACAACAGGACUGUGAAGGCAGUGAAUUCAGCUCGUAACUGACCUCAUGUGGAAAACUGGAGGACUACACUCGUAACAAGGACUGGUUAAGACUCGUUUUUGCUGAACUGCACUUUUAAUUGAUUUUUUUUUUUCCCCCCUUGAACUGUCCAUCUGAUGCUCUGCUCCUGUGUAAGGGCAUCUCUUACACGGUGGUAGAACUGGAUUGGACUUUAUAACCUACUGCUGAGAAAAACGCCUCCACGCGUACAUCUCUGACGGCUUACAAGUUAUUCUGCUGCAUUCCGUCAACUUUUUGCUUUCGAGCAUCCAUCGCUGACAGCAAAUGGGGAAACACGGACGCCUUGCAGCACUUGUGUGGAUUUGCAUUUCAACCAUGCGGAGGCUGUCAUGUUCUCAAAAACACCACACCUUAAUGCCCAGUCAGUUGCCGCGUUACACGGCAUCGUAAUCCAAAAUAAUCCACUGAUAGCUCAAUUUAAUUUAAAUUUAAAACCUUCAUGUAUAUGCUUAAACCAUGGAGUUCAGUCCGAAUGAAAACACUGUAGCAAGUCUGCUUAUUAUCGUGAUGUGACUUUAUAAUCAUGACACACACUGACCAACCUGACGAGCGUUCCCUGUGCGGAAACGUUCAGUGUACAUCGCAGUCAUUCGUUUUUAUUUAUGAAAUGGGGGGGCAUUUCUUUUCUGUUUUUCAUCAUUUUAAAUUCGGAUGUGUAUCAGCAAUAACUUGGUAGCUGAUAGCAAGGAGGGUAGAUUAAAGAUGGACAUUAAUGUCUAA